CAUGUUCUUUGUUAUUUGUGUGUUAGUGUGCUUUGCCUUUCUUCCUUUUGGAUGCUCCGGAAAUGUUCAAGCUGUGUGGAUGGCUCCCAAAGAGACCCCACCUUCCUCAGCCAUCACCGUGAACGCCUCCACAUCCGUGGGGGCCCUGGCGUACGCCGUGGACGACGUCUACAGGGACGGAAUAUUGCCCAGUGGAACGUUUGACAUCUUAUGGGUAGACUCGGGUUGUGACAGCAAAACCAGUAUCGGAAAAUUCACAGAUUUCCUGUUCCAUAACAGAGUGGACGUCAUAUUUGGGCCCCCGUGUACAAAGGCCAUGAUCCCUAUUGCGGAGCUGGCCGCAUACAGAGACAUCCCUGUUUUUGGUUGGCUAUCCAAUGAGGAAUCUCUGGACGACAAGAGUAAACUUCAAACCCUCGUGCGAUCCAUCGCUCCCCUGUCAUCUAUAGGAAAUAUUCUCACCAUCUUUUUAUCCGGAUUCGGCUGGUUGAGAAUAAUCAUCAUAUCGUCUAUGGAUCCGGAGUGUGAUGCAUACGCUAGUGCUCUUAUCUCGGAAAUUGAGAGUCCAUACUGGUCCGCCUUCGGAUUUUCCUUAGUUCAUCAUUACGCACGUGUGGAACUGAAUGCAACAGAAAUGCUGAUUGAUACAAUGUAUUCUGCCAUCAAAUAUGAAGGGAGAAUUGUCGUCUUGAUCAUUCCCGACACAGAACUCCGUACAUACAUGAUCAGGGCACACGCUAGAGGGAUGACCAGUGGGGACUACCAGUUCAUUUUUAUCAAAACCACUAUACUCUCCAAUGAAGAAAUAGCAGACUUGGAGAGCAGAACUCUCUGGGAAUCCGGAGAUAGUGAGGACUUAGCAGCGCGCCAGGGAUUCGAAAACCUACUUUACAUGUCCUUUGGUGAUGUCUUACAAGGAAGCACAACCUCCACAUGGUCUGUUAAGGCGUAUACAGCGUACCAGACAUGGAACUCUUCCUUCUCCUCGUUACCUGAUUGGGCAGAGCCGGAUAUCUACUCGCCCUUUCUUUAUGACGCUGUUUACCUCUAUUCCCUGGCGCUGCAGAGUAACGGUGGGGACCCUACAGGCACUAACGGUACCAACAUAAGGAAAUCCAUAGAAAACUUCAAUUUCAAAGGCCUCUCCGGAGAUGUUGCGAUGUCAUACGAGGCCGAUCGUUAUGCUUCAAUAUCCGUGUUCGAUCUCUCAGAGUCAGGAAAUUUUACCACGGUGGCUUACUACCGGAUCGCCAUUGUCAAUGGUUCAAUUUUCCCGGAAAGCGACUUAACGUACUUCCGGUGGGGGGAUGGUACGACCAGUGAUGACAGGAUUCCUGUAGACACGCCUACUUGUGGCUUCUUCAAUGAGAAAUGUCCUACAGCCCCAGCCGCCUCCUCUGAUCUCGCUGUGUAUAUCGGCGUGUCACUAGCGAUCAUGGUACUGGCACUGAUGCUGUUUUUGGCGUACAGAAUAUGGAAAAGGGAGAGGGAUCUUCAAAAUGUUGCAUGGAAAAUUCAUUUCAAAGACAUCGAUUUCUUACUAGGGAAGCAGGUUCGGUCUUUUAUGAACCUGUCUCGUCAUGAUACCGGAAGUGAACUAAUGACUAGGAAAGGCAGUACUAGUGAGACCUAUGUUCGUCACCGGCGUCCAAGCAUCACCAGCAGGUCUGAUAAAGGGACAGAGUAUACUACAGGCGGAACAACUAACGCCGAUACGCUGUCCAUGGACAACAAUGUCCUUCAGGCCUCCAAGGUCACGAUAGCUCGAUACAAGGGCCGCAUGGUAGCCAUCAAAUCUCUGAGGAAAAAGAGACUGAAAACAGAUGCAGUUAAAUUUCUUAAAGAAAUGAAACAGGUGAUAGAUUUCAAACAUGGAAACAUAGCUAUCAUGUUAGGGAUCUGUACGGAUGCCGAUAUUCCCUGCGUGGUAUGGGAGUACUGCUCUAAAGGAAGUGUUCAGGAUGUGAUAGAGCAUGAUGACAUCAAGCUGGAUACGAUGUUUAAGAUCUCUAUUGCUGUAGAUAUAUGCAAGGGAUUGGCUUACAUCCAUAAAAGUGACCUCCGUUUCCAUGGUAAUCUGAAGAGUUCUAAUUGUCUGAUAGACAGCCGGUGGGCGUGUAAACUGACGGACUUCGCUCCACGUCAUUUACAGGGUGACGACAUCGAUACAGAGGAAGAUGAGUUGGACAAAUACUCGGGCUUACUCUGGACUGCCCCGGAGCUCCUGAGGAAGAUUAUCCCUACUGGGAAGCGGUAUGGAUCCCCCGCGGGAGAUGUCUACGCCUUCGCCAUUAUUGCUAAAGAACUUAUCUGUCGAGACAAGCCUUACUCUAUGGAGAACCAUCUGACUGCGGAAGAAAUCGUUAAUAGAGUUAUGAAUGACAACGAAAUGAAGCGGUUUAGACCAGCAUUCCCACAAGAACUUGACGGUGUACAGACAGCGAAGCAAAGCUAUGCUAUAAAAAAACUCAUCCAAAGCUGCUGGAUCGAGGACCCGAUGAUGAGACCAACGACUAAAACCAUUCUGAAAGCACUGCACAGAAUCAACCCAUACAAAAAUUCAAACGUGAUAGAAAACAUGGUGGUAAUGAUGGAGAAAUACUCAAAUCAGUUGGAGGAGAUUGUAGCAGAGAGAACCGAACAACUGCAAGAGGAAAAAAGAAAGACGGAUGCACUUCUUUACCGCAUGCUUCCAAGAAAAGUGGCUGAGGAAUUAAAGCUGGGGAGAUCGGUGAAGGCAGAAAAUUUUGAGUCUGUUACGAUUUAUUUCUCCGAUAUUGUGGGCUUUACCAAUCUCGCCGGAAGCAGUACACCAAUGCAGGUUGUUGGGUUGCUGAAUUCUUUGUACACACUGUUUGACGACAUCAUCGAACAUUAUGAUGUUUACAAGGUAGAAACCAUAGGUGAUGCUUACAUGAUUGUUAGCGGCUUACCGGAGACGAACGGCAACAAUCACGCCAACGAAAUCGCCAAGGUGGCGCUGGAGUUGUUAGAUGGAGUCAAACAUUUCAAAAUUCCUCACGAAACCGAUGAACAACUCCAGAUAAGAAUUGGUUUACAUUCCGGCCCCGUGUGUGCUGGAGUGGUGGGCUUGACUAUGCCGCGCUAUUGCUUGUUUGGAGAUACUGUCAACACAGCAUCCAGGAUGGAAUCCAAUGGCAAAGCAUUGAAAAUCCAUAUCAGCGCGACUACGGCUACACUAUUAGAAGAAGAAAACUGUUACACAAUAGUGGAGAGGGGGAAACUAGAAGUAAAGGGCAAAGGUACUAUGACCACCUACUGGUUGGAGGGUCAAUCGGUCACAGAAAAUCCGUUAUCGUCGCCUAAAGGAGUAUCUCUCUCGGAUUUCAAUGCCUUUAAUAUGCAACCCGAAAGUGCAAACUGUAGUCGCCAUUACGAUGUGUCCACAGAAAGUGAAGAAGGACCGGAAGCUGAGGAACCAUCUCUGAAAUACGUAUCUUUUCUCAACAUGCCAUCCCUACCUAACGCAUCGGACAUCAUCAGUAGUGACUCGGGACUCCUCGAGCUGUUUGAUGAUGAUAAGGAAGAAGUGUAUUCAGAGUGAUGGUUUUUAAACGCAUCACUUAUAUGCUUUUUGUGUUUGCAAUAUCACUUUACAAGUAUGAGUACUAUGUCUAUUUCUUGAUGUGAAACGUGUCUUCAACGUUUAGUAAUAAAAACAAGGACAAUCUC